AUGCGAGAGAUAUCAGUUGUCUUGGGUGCCCAUAAUAAAACAGAAAUAAAUAAUAGUACUCGAUUUAAUGUAAAAAAUAUAACGAUACAUCCUGACUACAAAAUAAAACAAAAACAUAAUGAUAUUGCUAUAUUGGAAAUGGAAGGAUCAGCAGAUUUUAGCACGUUUAAAAUUCGACCAGUUUGCUUGCCCACAUCAAGUAGAGAGAAUCUCACAGAAUUUAGGGCUGGUGGUUUUGGUAAAAAUGGAGAUAUGGAUUCAAGUGAAUUGUCGCAAACAACUUUAAUCACACACGAUAUUACAAAAUGCAAUUUUACGACCUACACGAAAUUGAAUGAAACUCUUCACUUCUGUGCAGGGCCAAAUGGUACAAUUGGCGGAGAUGUUUGUCGUGGCGACUCUGGUGGUCCAACUUUUAGCUUUGAUCCUAAUCAUACGAAUUGCCUUUCUGUGGUCAUGGGCGUCAUUUCAAAGGGAAAUCAAUGUGACGGUGAAUCUGCUUCUAGUCUUCACACCAGAGUUUCAUACUAUCGCAAAUGGAUUGAGCAAAUUGUUUGGCCAAAUGACACCAGUAAAGAAUAAUAUUUAAUUUAACACUUGUAACCAAUUAUAUAACAUAUAAAUACUCUAUGAAUGUAUCUAUGUAAGUUUAUAAAUUUAAAUUUGGAUAUUUUCAAAUGUGUUAUCAAGAAUCGGUA